GACACAACAAAUGCAACACAAAAUAUUUAUCAGAGUGCCGCCGCCGCCGCCUGGCUGUCCACCGCCUCGGCCGUCGCUUGGAGUCUCGAGGUUGAAGGCUGCCGCUGGAGCCUUGGAGUUAGAGGUUUGGGGUUAGGGUUUUCCUUUGGGCCUUUUCCAUUCCGCCUUUUCUUUUUUGUGAAGAAAAAAAAUUAGGAAAAAGGGAUAAGGGGAUUUAUUUUAAUUUGUUUGACUUAGGCCAUCCCACUUGCCACUUGGUCCACUUGUGUUGGUGUUUGAUUUUUUUUUUUUUAUGCAGCGGCAAGGCACGCGCUGCUAGCCCGCUGCUGCAUGUUGGCGCCUGGCGUCUAAGCCGUGGGCGGCAGUCAAGUUGGGGGAGGCUAAAGCCUCCUCAGUUCCGCUUGCAUCCGCCCCGGAAUUUUACUGGCGUCUGGAGAUGUCUGUGAGCUAUAGUCAGGUUGGGGAGGCUAAGCCUCGCUCAGCCUCAUUCGCCACAUUGAGCGUAUCAGGAACUGACAAUCUAAUGUUUACCCCACCAUCCGCCUAACAUCUGUAUACCUAUAUUUACCGCUCUUCAUAUUCAUGAGGCUAAUACUAAAGGGGUCGUUAAAGUAACGAAUAUUUUUAUUUUUAUUUUUAUCUUUUGAUUUAUGAAACUCUUCUCCAGUGUUUAAAUCUUGUCAAGGAAAAGAGCUUUUUUAUUUUCAUUUUAAAAAAUAGUUUGUGUCAACUUCAAUUACUUCUCGAUGAUCAAAGUUACGAAAGUUUGGUAGGUUGAUGAUUUUUUAAAAGGAAAAAAAAGUGCCUUUAAUUGGGCGUUUCGAAAAAUUGAAACUCUUAUGUGACUUUUUUUCUAUGAAAGAUCUUUUUAGGGAUUUUACCCUUUAAUAAUUAAAUAAAUAAAUCCAAAAAUAUUUACAUUUGUGGAAGCGAAAACAAUAAAGAUUUCCCAAAUCAUAUACCAAUCUCUGCGGGGCGAUAAAGAGAUCAUCUCAGUCAGCGGAGAGGAAGGCCGUUGGCCCGCCAGUGAAGUAGGGAAAAGAUAGCAAGUCUUAUUUUUUCCUUUGAUCAUUCCGCGGAUCGCCUUGAUCAUGAGCUUGGACGAUCUGAACAAGGUAUGGGAGAUCAAAACUCUCAAGAAGCCUGGUGAGGAUAAGGCCCGCAGGCUCCUUGACCGCAUCGCCAAGCAGGUCCAGCCCAUUAUCCGUCGCCGCAAGUGGAAGGUCAAACUCCUCUCGGAGUUCUACCCGGCCAAUCCGGCUCUUUUAGGGCUAAAUGUUGGUGGUGGCAUCGAGGUGAAGCUUCGGUUGAGGUGGCCUGGCGGGAAAUGGGAUUUCUUCCCGUUCAAGCAAGUUCUUGAUACAAUGGUCCAUGAGCUGUGCCACAUCGUGCAUGGGCCGCACAAUGCCUUGUUCUAUACAAUCUGGGAUGAGUUCCGCAAGGAAUGUGAUGAACUGGUUGCAAAGGGGAUAACUGGAACUGGACAAGGAUUUGACACCCUUGGAAGACGCUUAGGUGGCUUCUCUGUCCAGCCUGCAAGAUCGUCGCUCCGGCAGGCUGCAGUUGAUGCUGCAGCAAAACGAGCUCGCACUGGGGCUUUGCUACCAUCUGGACCAAACAGAUUAGGUGGAAACAAUGAAAUCAUGGGUGCGCUGCGUCCGAAACAAGCUGCUGCCAUGGCUGCAGAGCGAAGAUUGUAUGAUGAUAUAUGGUGUGGAUCUGUGACAGAAGAAAUCAAUGUAAUAGAAAGUAUCAUUGAAAUUUCUAAGCAUCCUGCUCCUGAAAUAGGUCAGUCAUCAAAUUGUAAUGGGGAAAAGAAAGGGGAUUUGGGUGGUACUGGUAAAAUUGAGAAAGGAUGGACCAAAUUGCACAUUAAAGGCAAGGGUGAAGAGUAUACAUCUAGUAUCACCUUUGAUAGGGCAACAACGCCAGGUGGGUCAAUGUCACCUUACCCCAAACACGAUACAGACGAUAAGGUUAUUUGGGAGUGCAGCAAAUGCACUCUAUUCAAUCAACCUCUGGGACUAACAUGUGAAGCUUGUGGUGCCCCAAAACCAAAAGCAGCUGAGUCUACAUUUAAGACCUGGUCGUGCAAAUUUUGUACUCUAGAGAACAGCACUAAGCAAGACAAAUGUUCAGCUUGUUGCCAAUGGAGAUAUUCAUAUGGCCCACCUUUAGAUACUUAGAUUGCCAUAGAGUCAGUUAUGGAGCUUGAGUGAUCUGCUUCAUAUAUACUAAGUGCCAGAUGAGCUGUGUAUGAUAUUUUUCUAAGAUGUUACUUGUGUUUCCGCCAUGACAACCUCAUUUUGAAAUACUUCAUAGCACUUUUUAGGCUUUUAUCCAUCCUGGUUCUUAGAAUGAGUAUUUGUUUUUAUUCUUUGCGUACCACACAGUUCUUUAAAAUGUAAUUAUACGGGAUCAAUCUUUAUAGUUCCUCCAUCGUUUGUAUAA